GAGCAAUGGCUGAAUCUUCUUUCAAGAAACGGUUGAUUACUCAGGCUCUUCACCAAUUUCUUAACAGGAAAAAGGGAAAGAACGCCGAAUAGGUUAUCGGCAAAGUUCACAUCUGUGGUGGGAAAUCUUGAUCCAAGAGUGGAAUUAGACAAAAGUAUCAGAUAUGGUAACACAAAAUACAACGCUUUUCUCUCAAUUAUGGCCUCCAAAUUGUCGUACGAAAAUGAAGAAUUCGCUAAAAUCAUAAUCAAUGAUCAUUGGAAUAUGAAAUUCUUGUACUUCGACAACUAUUGGAAUGAUUACGUGAAGGACUAUACAACUCAAGCCAUUAUGUUCCAAGAUACAAGGGUUGACCCUAACCUGAUCGUGGUUGCAUUUAGGGGCACCCACCCAUUUGACCCAAAAGCUUGGAGAGUAGAUGUGGAUCUCUCAUGGUAUGAAAUUGAAGGGGUGGGUCAGACUCAUAGUGGCUUUAUGAAAGCUCUCGGUCUUCAAAAGAGAAAAGGAUGGCCCGAACUAGGAAGGCACAGCUUGGGUGGGGCAUUGGCGAUUUUGUUUCUGACUGUGCUAGCAAUACAUGAAGAGGAAUGGUUGAUGGAUAAGUUGGAGGGAGUGUACACAUUUGGGCAACCAAGGGUUGGAGACAAUCAGUUGAAGGAAUAUAUGGAGAAGAAGUUGGAGCAAUAUGAUGUGAGGUAUUUUAGGUUUGUUUACUGCAAUGACAUAGUGCCUAGGGUCCCUUAUGAUGAUGAUAAUGUCUUUUUUACUCACUUUGGAACUUGCUACUACUACAAUAGCUCCUAUAAAGGAAAGGUGAAAAAGUGCAUUGAAAUACGUGAAAUAUUGUUUAAAAACUGA